CUUAGCUUUCCCACUCAUCCGUGAGACCGUGAUACUCCCACAGAUUCUUAUCGAAAGAAAGGAACCCCGCAAGGAAACCGAAACCACAAUGGAGUCGCUGACGCUUCGCGCCUCGCCGGCGGCCGCCUCGCCGCUGCAGCGCCGUCUGUCCGGGCGGCGUGCGACGUCCGUCCGCGCCACGGCCUCCGCGUCCGCCGGCGAGCCGGACCUGUCGGUGCGCGUGAACGGACUGAAGAUGCCCAACCCGUUCGUGAUCGGGUCAGGGCCCCCGGGCACCAACUACACCGUCAUGAAGCGCGCCUUCGACGAGGGCUGGGGCGCCGUCAUCGCUAAGACCGUGUCUUUGGAUGCUGACAAAGUUAUCAACGUAACUCCUCGCUAUGCCAAGCUCCGGGCAGAACCAAAUGGGGAUGCCAGGAGCCGUAUCAUUGGAUGGCAGAACAUUGAACUCAUCAGUGAUCGGCCUCUGGAGACGAUGCUGAACGAGUUCAAGGAGUUGAAGAAAGAGUAUCCUGACAGGAUACUCAUUGGCUCAAUAAUGGAGGAGUACAAUAAAGCUGCAUGGCAUGAGCUUAUUGAACGUGUUGAAGAGUCUGGAGUGGAUGCUCUUGAGAUUAAUUUCUCAUGUCCACAUGGCAUGCCUGAGAGAAAAAUGGGUGCUGCUGUGGGUCAAGACUGUGAUUUAUUAGAAGAGGUUUGUGGUUGGAUAAAUGAGAAGGCCACUGUGCCUGUUUGGGCAAAGAUGACUCCUAAUAUUACAGAUAUUACACAGCCUGCAAGAGUAGCUCUUAAGUCAGGAUGUGAAGGAGUUUCUGCUAUUAACACAAUCAUGAGUGUGAUGGGAAUUAAUCUUAAAACGCUGCGUCCAGAACCUUGCGUUGAGGGGUAUUCUACACCUGGGGGUUAUUCUGCGAGAGCUGUUCACCCUAUAGCACUUGCGAAAGUGAUGCAGAUAGCAAGGAUGAUGAAAGAAGAAUUUGCUGAUGGACAGUCUCUCUCUGCCAUUGGUGGUGUUGAGACUGGCAAUGAUGCUGCUGAAUUUAUUCUUCUUGGUGCAGAUACAGUACAGGUAUGUACAGGUGUAAUGAUGCAUGGUUAUGGCCUUGUGAAGCAGCUUUGCACGGAGUUGCAAGAUUUCAUGAGAGAGCACAACUUUGCAUCGAUUGAAGAUUUUCGAGGGGCCUCGCUCCCAUACUUCACGACGCACACCGAUUUGGUACAGCGUCAACAGGAGGCGAUCAAGCAGAGGAAGGCCAUAAGGAAGGGCCUUCAAUCAGAUAAGGACUGGACAGGUGAUGGGUUCGUCAAGGAGACCGAAAGCAUGGUAUCCAACUGAUGCAUCGCUGAACUCCCAUACCUUCAACCAUACUUCACCUUGUGACUAAACCGGGUUCGUGUUCGAGGAAAGACAGUGGAAACAUUUGCUUCAUCUUGUUAAAUAAAGCACACCAGAAUGCCGUACCAAAGCAUGUAAUUCUGAUCUGUACAUGGAUCUGAACCUUGGGCCUUCAUCAGGCUAUAGAACAAGUCAUGAGUUCACAAGUCGUUUUCCAGUAA